AUGUCUGACUUAGAAGAUGACUUACUAGCUUUAGCGGGGGGUGAGGACUAUGAAUCAGAUGUCGGUUCCACUACCUCAAAGCGGAGUAACUUGGAGUACGAAGAUGAUGAUGAAGAUGAUACGAUUUUGGCGAAACGUCGUAAAGUUGGAUCGAGUGAGGGAUAUGACGGUCCAGAAAGUGAGGACGAGCCAGAAUUGGUGAACCCGUACCCUUUAGAAGGAAAGUAUAAGGAUGAGCAGGACCGUGAGGAGUUGGAGGCGAUGGAUGAAAUCAAGAGGGAAGAGAUUCUUUUCGAAAGGUCACAGGAAAUGGACAAGUUUAAAGAGCGUCAGUAUUUGCAACAGCGUAUGAAGGCGCAACGAGAGCCAAAACACGGUAGGAAUGAAAUUUUGAGAAGCUCUAUUCGUCAGAAGACCGGUGGUGCCAAGUCAAAGAAGGAGUCUAAAUUGAGUGAGUUGAAGAAGGAGAGAGAAAAGCAUACAAGGAGAAAGAGUAGGAGACAUGAUGAUUAUGAGGAGGAAUCGGAAGAAGAGGAAGAGGAUGAAGAAGUAGCUGGGGAUGAAGAUGGUGUGUUGCUGGAGGGUGAUGAGGAUGCAUACAAUGAUGAAAGCGAAGGUGAAGUUAUAUGGGGUGGCGUGUCAAAAACGAAACGCAAGAGACUGACGGAGUUGGCUAAGUUGGAAGACAUAAAUCGAAUCAAGUUGGGAAGAACAUUGUUAUCUCAAUAUUGUUAUCAUCCAGGCUUUGAUGAUGCGGUGUUGGACACAUAUGCCAAAGUUAAUCUUGGAGUCGACAAGGUGACUCAAACCCCAUUGUACAGGAUGGUGAAAAUUGUUGAUAUGAAGUCAAGGCCAGAAAAGGCGUAUCGAAUUGGCGGUUCAAAGUUUGAUUUAUACUUUAUGGUUAGCCAAAACAAGAAGCAACAAAAGGUUUUUCCCAUGAGUAUAUUUUCAGAUUCACCGAUAACACAAGAAGAAUUUGAUAGAUACUUACGGGAACUUGAUAAAACUGGCGAAGCCGUGGAUUUCCUUGAUGAUGUCAAUGAUAAAUAUAGUCAAUUGCAGGAUUUGUUCAACAAGGGGUUGACUGAUAAGGAUAUCAAUGAAAUGAUUGCUCGAAAACAGCGCAUGCAGCAAAAGAGCGGUAACUAUACAAGUUAUGAUGCAGUGAAAACCAAGGCCAAAUUGAUGGAUGAGUUGAAAAUAUCCAAACAACAGGGGAACUUACAAAGGAAUAAAGAGAUUAUUGAGCAAUUGAAAACCAUUGAGAGCGUGUUACAAGAUCAGGAUUCUAAUGCAAUGUCCAGUAGUAGUGGUGCUUCCGCGGUAGGAGGAGCAGCGGCAAGUAUAGCAAAAGUGAAUGAGAGAAAUCGUAAAUUGAAUCAAGAAAAUAUAAGAAAAGCUGAAAUCAAACUGAAGUCUGCUUUACAGAAUCAAUCGAGUCAGGAUGGGGAUCCAUUUUCAAGGUUGAAGACUGUUACACGAAUGUUUUAUCAAGAUUUAAUCAACGAAGAAAAUGCAAAAGCGUUGAAAGAUGUUAAUAUGCAAGAAUUGAUUAAUGAGAAAUCGAAACAAGAAGCUGAGAUUGCUAAAUCCACGUAUCGAGAUUUAGGAGAGAUGGAUAAGUUGAUCAAGCUGAUCGAUGUGGAUGUAGAGUUGUUUAUAUAA